AUGGGUGAGCUUGUAAAUGCUGCAAGAACAUUAGGUGAAACAGGAAAUUUUGUAGAUGGUUUUAAAAGACUUGUUUCAAAUGUUUUAACAAACACAAAGAAAUUAUUUAGAUAUACCAUACAUAACGGUCAGAUUUUCGAACAGAUAGCAACAAACCCUCCGGUUAUGGCUGCGUUGAUGAUGGUUAGAGAUAUAAAACCACGUAACGACGGGAACGAAGAACAUGAACAACAGGAUACUGGUCGGGUUAUUCGAGACAUUAAAAACGUGUAUCCUGAAGUUAUUGAUUUAUUUAGAGGAGUUAAUGAUUCAAUUUCAAAACAUUCUAUAACCCUCGAUGAAGAGAAUAAAUUAACAGAUUAUAUAUUCGUCAUUAUUGCAGAACUAAUGAAGAGAAUAAAUGAAAAAGGAAUUGGUGAUAUCAUUAAUGUCAGCGAUGUAAUGAUGAAAAGAAAUUUUGACUCAUUAUUUACAAAACCGAAAACAGAAUAUAGUCUUUAUGACGUAAUUACCGAAUUAAUGAAAAAGAUUAAUGAUAAUAAGAGUUCUGGCGGAAGAGUUGAAUUAGAAGUGAAUGAUGUUAAUGAGAAAUUAGCCGAAAAAGCAGAUAAAAACCAUGUUCAUUAUAUAAGUUCAGACGAACAGAUUAUAACGGACUACCAUGGAUAUUUAACACAGAAUGAACAAAUAAGCACUGAAGAUGUUAAUGAAAGAAGAUAUAAAUACAUUCGUGCUAAAGGUUAUGACAUAAGCUGUACUGUACAUUAUGACACAGGUAAAGCACAAGAAGCAUUUAGUUAUAACGAUGAAAUUUAUGCCUCUACUUUCUCUGUUAAAGGUGUAUUAGUUGAACCAAGAUUUACUUUGAGAGUUAAGUCAAAAAUAACGUUUGAAGAUGCUAUUAAAAGUAAAGCUGACAAAGUUGAACUCGAAGCAAUGAACAAAGUUUUGAAAUCUCAUAAACACAACAUCUCCGAUAUAAAUGAACUUCAAACUUCUUUAGACAGUAAAGCCGACAAGAACCAUACACAUAAAUCCUUCACUACUGUUAGAGCAGACGACAUAAUAUUGAACUAUACCCUUGGUUCAAGUGCACCUUUAGAGAAUCCAAGUAUAAGCGUAAAAGAUACACUAAACUCCUUAAAUAGUAAAUGUAUGAACAUUGAAGGUCAUGUCAGAAACUUUGAAACACAUGAACUACCAACAAUGUUAGAUAAUAAAGCUGACAAGAACCAUACACAUAAAUCCUUCACUACUGUUAGAGCAGACGACAUAAUAUUGAACUUUGACCUUGGUUCAAGUGCACCUUUAGAGAAUCCAAGUACAAGCGUAAAAGAUACUCUUAACAAUUUAGAUAAGAGUUGCAGGAAUAUCGAAGGUCAUGCCAGAAACUUUGAAGCAUAUGAACUACCAACAAUGUUAGAUAAGAAAGCAGACAAAACAGAGCUUCAAACAUUAAAGACAGAAAUACUUCAAACAUUAUAUCCUAUAGGUUCUAUUUAUACGUCAAUGAACUCAACAAAUCCAGCAACAGUUCUGGGUUUCGGUACGUGGGAACAGAUUGUAGAUAAAUUCUUAUACUGUGCUAGAUAUUCAAAGCAAACAGGAGGUUCGAAGAAAAUUACUGAAGCAAACCUUCCACCGCACACUCAUACAGGAACUACAAACUUUUCUGGCGACCAUAGCCACUCAUUAAGAGACCACCCAUUAUACAACUCAGAGUAUGAAGCUGGCAAUGACGUUUUAUCUCCAUCUUAUAACAAUGCAGCAAAAAAGACUUUUCGACCAACUGAACCAGGAGGAAAUCAUUCACAUACUUUCACAACAAAUCCAACAGGCUCGGGUGCAGAUUAUAUGCCACCAUUUGUGACUGUAUUCGCAUGGUAUAGAGUUCAAUGA